AUGGUGCUCAACUACUUCAAGUUUGGCAGCAGUGCCCCAGCAAAUCCCGAAGACCCCAAGCAGCAACCUGUUCGCGCCUUGCCUGCAUCGUGGUACAACACGAAGGAAAUGUACGAGUUUGAGCGUCGCGCCAUCUUCUCGAAACGUUGGCUAUUCAUGACACACAAGGUCCGCCUUGCAAAUGUUGGUGAUUGGUUGCGAUAUACCUUCGCUGGCUUCGAUAUCGUCAUCAACAAGGACCGGCAAGGAAAUAUCAAUGCGUUCCACAACGUAUGCAGGCACCGAGCAUAUCCAGUCGUCGAGAAAGAGGGGUCGGGCAACGCGAAGAUCCUGGCGUGCAGGUAUCAUGGCUGGUCAUAUGGUCUAAACGGAAAGUUGGCGAAGGCACCGGGCUUUGAGGGACUGGAGCUCAACAAAGAAGAGAAUGGUCUCUUCAAGUGCCAUGUCAAGAUCGAUCGUAAUGGUUUCAUCUGGAUCAAUCUUGACGCAAACGAUGCCCCGGAAGUUUCAUGGGAGAAACACUUCGACAAUGUCGACGUCCAAGCCCGAUACGAAGGCAUCGAUUUCGACGACUACGUGUUCGACCACUCCUACGAAAUCGACGGCGCAUAUAAUUGGAAGAUCCUGUCCGAUAACUUCAACGAAUGCUACCACUGCCCCACGACACAUCCGGACAUACCUACCUUCUUGAAUCUCGAAACAUUUGACAGCGACCUCAAGGACGGACACAUCCAACACCAUUGCGAGCCGAAGCCGGAGCAAGUGGAGAAAGGGCUUUGGGCACACAGCACAUACUACUUCCCCAACUCGUCCAUGACGGUAGCCAAAGCCUUCAUCAUGGUCCAGAAGUUUCUGCCGCAUGGGCCCAAUCAGUCCAAGAUGGCCUACGAGAUCUACCGCCACAAGCAUUCGUCUGAGGAGGCGUUUAAGCUCAUCAGCGAGCCCUAUGCACGCGUGAUGCAUGAAGACAAGGUUCUGUGCAUGGGUCAGCAACGCAAUCUAGACCGUAAUGUAUUCACCAACGGAAUGCUGCAUCCCAAGUGGGAGAAGGCUCCGAUCUUCUUCCAAGCCGCAGUCAGGGAGGCGGUCAUCGAUCACUACGAGCAGGAGAAGAAGGAAGGCAGGGAAAUUUGGCCAGCGAAGCAGAAGCCGAAGGGUGCAGGUGCGGACAUCAGUGCGAAGGACGAAGAGAUUUGUGAUGGUCUAGGCUGUGGAACACAGAGGGAGAUCUUGGCUUGGUAGAGUUACUGCUCUGAAGUCGGAAUUGGGAUGGCGCGCAUGUCGUGGAGUUUGGAGCGUUUAGCACUGUCGUU